AAAAUCCGAGGGGUGGCGCUAGAAUUCAGAACUCCAUUAUGAGAUGAAAAUAAGAAAUGUCAUCGUGUUGUAUUGUAAACAUUAGCGAGUUAGACAGUAGCUGUAAACGUCAAAAGGAAGAUUUGCUUGUAUGAAAACUUAAUAACGCAAGCUAGAUGUCGGAUUACUUUGAUGAAAUGGGUUGGACACCCUUAAAAGAUGGAGAAGCGCCAAAUCAUUUUUUGCACAUGGCGCGAUUGCUUCGUGAUUUUGGAAUGUGGGAAGAGCUGGGACAAGGUCAAAAAUUACCUCCUCCAGCUUCAAAAGAAUCGAUUUCUGAACUAAAGGAUGUUAGAUUAUCUGACGAAGAGAGUGAACAGUGCCCUGUCUGUUUGAAACCCUUUGAUGCAGAAAGUCUGAUUAAACAGAUGCCCUGCAAACAUUCUUUUCAUAAAGAGUGCAUUACACCUUGGCUAGAAAAGACAAAUUCGUGUCCCUUAUGCAGAUACGAAUUACCUACAGAUGACGAAGAUUAUGAAAUGUACAAGAAGGAGAAGAAACGUGCUGUCCAACGAGAAGAGGAUGUUAAAUCAUUACACAACUCUAUGUUUUCUUAACGACAGCAUCAAAUAAUUAAGGUAAUUCAACAGCCUUUGCUUUCCAUGUCAUAAAUUCUGUUGAGUUCUUUCGUUUUACGUGGGUAACAAGUAUCAGCUUAGAAUGAAUACUACUCAACUAUUAUGACAAUUUUUUAAAGCUCAAUUAUAGGUAAACACUUUUUGUUAGAAAUAUAGGAUAUCCAUCAUAGAAUGAUGUAAAACAAUUUUUGUCUAGCCAAAUACAAAAACGUACCAAGAAAA